UCGGUUGUAUCGGCGCUGGAUCGCUCUCCCCUGGGUAUCUCAGCCCAUGGUCUGGGUUCGGUGCGCUCGGUGCUCGGCUCGUGUCGCCUGGCUACCUGCUCCGCUGGCUGGCUCGGUGUGAGCGGCUCGUGACUGGGAUUUACCGGCUCGUCUGGCUCGGCUGGCUCCGGACUCCGUGCUAUCGGCGCUCGCUUGCUCUCCCCUGCCUGGGCGAUGAAUGGCCGCCGCUGCUCCCGGAGCCGCUGAGAGCCGAGGACCGGAAACGGCAGCCGGGGGGAGCGGACCGCGGUGAGAGCAGGAGGACCGACCACCGGACCCUGCAGCCUCCCCACUGCCCGCAUUCCUCUCUCCUCUCUUCGGAUUCUCGUCCUACCUCUCUCUUUUCGCCAUGUCGCAGACCUUGCAGAUGGAGAUCCCAAACUUUGGGAACAGUAUCCUGGAGUGUUUGAAUGAGCAGCGGCUGCAGGGACUGUAUUGUGAUGUCUUUGUUGUGGUUCGCGGCCACCAAUUCCGAGCACACCGGGCUGUCCUGGCAGCCAGCAGCUCCUACUUUAGAGACCUGUUUCACAACAGCAAGAACCUAGUGGUGGAGCUGCCUGGAUCUGUCCAACCCCAGUCCUUCCAGCAGAUUCUGAGCUUCUGCUACACAGGAAGGCUUAGCAUGAAUGUGGGAGACCAGUUUCUACUCAUGUACACUGCUGGCUUCUUGCAGAUUCAGGAGAUAAUGGAGAAGGGGACAGAGUUCUUCCUGAAGGUCAGCUCUCCAAGUUGCGACUCCCAGGGCCUCCACCCAGAAGAAACCCCAAACUCUGAACCACCAAGUCCUGCCGCAGCAACAGUGGCAACAACCCCAGCAGCAUCAGCAGCUGCCGCUGCCACUCUCUCAUCAUCUACUUCAACCACCUCUUCCCGAGCUCCACGUGUGAAGACUGAGAGCCAGGAGUCCGAGGCAGUGCAGUGCACUCCUGUGGCUAAGAGACUCUGGGAUGGUGGACAGAAAGAGGCUGGAGGAGGGGUUAGGAAGGUGCCCCGCUUCUCUCAGAAUGCAGGUGGUGGUGGUGGUGGUGGUGGCGGUGGUGGUGGCACUCCAGCACCAGUAGCACCACCAGGAUCAGAGAGGACAAGCCCUGGCACUUCCAGUGCCUAUACAAGUGACAGCCCUGGCUCAUUCCACAACGAGGAGGAUGAAGAGGAGGAGGUGGGAGAGGAUGGAACAGAGGAACAAUACAGACAAAUCUGUAAUAUGUAUGCUAUGUACAGCAUGAUGAACGUCAACCAGGCUGCUGAGACCCCAUCUGUUGAAAAGGUGGAGGCUCUUCCUGAUCCCGUGGUCUCCGAGUCGAGAAACCGUGUUCGUGUCAGGCAGGACUUAGCCACUCUUCCUGCCGAGCUGAUCAGUCAAAUUGGGAAUCGCUGCCACCCUAAGCUGUAUGAAGAGGGGGAUCCUGCCGAGAAGAUUGAGCUGGUUACAGGUACCAAUGUGUUUAUUACCCGGGCUCAACUGAUGAACUGUCAUAUCAGCGCUGGGACCAGACAUAAAGUGCUUCUCCGCAGGCUGCUGGCAUCUUUCUUUGACAGGAAUACGUUGGCAAAUAGCUGUGGGACAGGAAUUCGCUCAUCUACGAACGACCCCAGCAGGAAACCACUGGACAGUAGAGUGCUGCAUGCAGUAAAAUUUUACUGCCAGAACUUUGCCCCUAAUUUCAAAGAGAGUGAAAUGAAUGCCAUAGCCGCUGACAUGUGCACAAAUGCCCGGCGCGUGGUGCGCAAGAGCUGGAUCCCCAAAUUAAAGCUACUGAUGGCUGAAGGAGACGCUUACACAUCGUUCAUCAAUGACACUGGCAAGAUGGAGCCUGACCUGGUAGGAGGUCCUGCUGGUGGAGAUCAGGGGGCAGGAUAUGACGCGGGCCUGGUGAAGGAGUGCCCUGACCCCUUCCCUACACACCAGUGAAAUGUAGAAAUGCCCUCGCCAUGAGGCGAAGGAUGGACAUUAAGGUACUCAGGAGAUGGGCUGUCACCGCCGCUCGAGGAAUUGCCAGCAUGGCUGUGCGCUGCUACACAACCAUGAGACUAAUCUUGAUGCUCUCAGUAUCACUAUACACUGCUGCAUGAGGUACUCCGUAUCAUUAAUACAGCGUCACGUGUCCAUUUUCAAUAUACAGUUAUACGCAGUGUCAUUAUAUAGCCCAGCGUGUUCAUUCAGUGUAUAGGGAUACUCCGCAGCAUUUUCCGGCGCACCAUGAUCCUAUUGCUGGUAUGGAGAUACUCCGUACCAUUUAACGAGAUUGAGUUGUAUAUAGAUUCUCUGCAUCGUUUUAUAGUGCAGUUUGGGGUAGAUACUCUAUAUCACUGGCCCUUUGAUAACCCAACUCCUGCAUUCCUCAUGCCUGGGAGAUAGAGAGAACUUUAUUUUUUAAUAAUUCUUGUGUCCUUUUUCCUGUCUGCAGCCUGUAUAAUCCCCUUUGCUUCCGGCGAGUGGUUUUCACUACAGGAUACGCAACCACGCCGUCAGAGGGGGGCUAUGUAUGUGUAUAUAUGUGUAGACACACUGAUAGCGGGAGGGUGGGCUGUGUAUGUGUAAAGUCUGUGUGGUUUAUUUACCUUAAGGGAUAUACAAGGUAUUUACAUGUUAUUCCGUGGGCUGAUCCAUUAAUUUGCACAGGUUGAUGCCUACAGUGUUAAGCAACAUGGAUAAAUGUUACCUUUCAUUACUGGGGGGGUCCAACUGCAGUCUUUGAAGGUUACUUAUUAAUGCUAUUUGAUUGCAUGUGAAAUAUCUUCUAGGAUAUUUACCUUUGAGCACCCCAUCUUAGAACAUCAGUUCCUAUGGUGACUAAGCCUUCUUGAUUGUAAGGUCGUUGUCUGUGAGUGUGUACGUAUAGGCGCACACAAAUUCUUAUGCACACAGUUUCUGGAAAUGGGUUUGUCGCUUCUAAAUGAAAUACUUGAGCAGCCUUGGGGUUUAUUAACUAAAGUGAUAAGUUGAAAAGAUUAGUUCAAAAAAAAAUAAAUAUGACUGCAAUGCAGCCAAUCAGGGAAGGGAGAGGCCUACUCUCCGCUCUGAUUGGAUGCAAGGACAGGGGACCACUUCCUGAUCUCUCCAGCAACCUAGACCGCUGAGAUGGCUAUACAGUGCAAGAACAUACAACCAAUCUAUAACUUGGGGGGCCUGUGCCAGUAACCACUUUGGCUCCAUUAGUCCAACCUUGGCCCUAAUUAAGAAAGUGAACUCUGGAUAUAUUGGCUUUAUGGAACGAGAAUCCAAAGAUUGAACAGGUCCACAGAGAACAAAAUAAUAUCGCUGUGUAGGCCACCGCUCUUUUUAAUUUACUUCCUGUUCUAGUGACCAACUUUGGGCCCAAAAGGCUAGCUGAGCCUCAUGGGCAUUGUAGCCCAAAACAGCUGGGCUGCAAAAGGUUAUUUGCAUUUAUAAAGAGGCGGUGACUAGAAGGUAAUUCUAAUUGCCUUACACAUACAUACACUCACUUUGCUGAGUUGGUAUCCAACUAUUGAGCAUACAGUUCAAUGUUUACAGUGUGCUAGGAAGUGUAUAGAUGGAUUUGGCUUUCCCAGGCUUUCUAUGCUGAUGGUAGAGCCGUAAAUACUGCAUGGAGCAGCCCCUGCUCCCGAAUGGCAAGGUUACAAAUUUACUAGAAACUGUAGGUAGCAGUGAAAGGCUUCUGCUUGUGCAGCCUCUCCAUCCAAUCAAA